GGAAAGCUGCUGGGCACUGCGCGUGCACGCCCAGUUCUCAUUGAUUUAGCCGCUGCAGAGCGGGCGCGCGGCUCUUCAGCUGGAGAGAGUCGUAUCAAGAAGAAGUGGAAAGAGUGGCUCCGCCAGGAACCGACGUGGAGCGCAGUGAGGGAGCAGAACGAGGAGGCGAUGCUGCUCGUCUCUGCGUCUGAAUUCAGCGGUGACACCGAGGCUUUGGGAGGCUGCGGAGAUACGGAGCCGCUUGCAGUUAUCACGGGACAUUUGCGCAACAAUGGCAACCCCCCAGCAUUGAGGAACUCUUGACUCAGCCAACUCUCCUCCACCCUUUUGUUUCAACCAUGGACUCCUCAAGGGACUUGACCUCUGCCCUGGACGGGCCUGCGGACCCCAGAGGUUUCUCCGGUCGCUCCGAUCUCAGCGGCCUCUACCAUCUGGGCCGGACGCUGGGAAGGGGCCACUUUGCUGUUGUGAAACUGGGCCGUCAUGUCAACACGGGGCAACUGGUGGCUGUAAAGAUGAUCGAUAAGACUAAACUGGAUGUCAUGGCAACAAGCCACCUCUUACAAGAAGUCAGGUGCAUGAGGCUGGUGCAGCAUCCCAACGUGGUUCGGCUCUAUGAAGUCAUCGACACUCCCACCACGCUCUACCUGGUCAUGGAGCUGGCCGAAGGCGGUGACCUCUACGAUUACAUCCUGCGCCACGAAGGCGGCGUGGUGGAGGGCACCGCCAAGCGUCACUUUGCCCAGAUUGUGCGAGCGGUGUCGUACUGCCACCAGCUGCACGUGGUGCACCGGGACCUGAAGCCAGAAAACGUGGUGUUUUUCCCCCAGCAGGGCGCCGUCAAGCUGACAGACUUUGGCUUCAGCAAUUUAUUCCAGCCUGGGAUGAUGCUGGCCACCAGCUGUGGGUCGCUGGCUUAUUCUGCUCCAGAGAUCCUACUGGGAGAGGAAUAUGAUGCUCCAGCUGUGGAUAUCUGGUCUCUUGGUGUGAUCCUGUACAUGCUGGUCUGUGGAGUCCCUCCCUUCCAGGAAACCAACGACAGCGAGACUCUGGUCAUGAUUCUGGACUGUCGCUACUCCGUCCCCGAACACGUUUCAGACGGCUGCAGAGAUUUGAUCUCCAGGAUGCUGCAGAAGGAUCCGUGUCGCCGUGCAUCUCUCGAUGAGAUUGAGGCUCAUCAGUGGCUGCAGGGCCUGGAUGAUGCCCUUCUCAGCCCUGAGGCGCCACCACACUGGGUAGCGGGGGCCCUCUCUGCCUCAUCUUCCUCACUGUGCGCUCCAGAGUGUGGGGAUCUGCUGGCCAUGAGGACCUCCACUCAGCAGGCGUUUCCUGGCACAUGGCAGCCCAGCCUCGGCUUCAGCCUCCGACCCGCUCCAGCUGAAGAGCCUCCUGUGGGCAAGAACGUUCCUGCACUGCAGCAGAUCUGUGAAGAGGAAGAGGAGGAAGAAGAAGAAGAAGAAGAAGAAGAAGAAGAAGAAGAAGAAGAAGAAGAGCGGGAGGAAUUGAGAGAACUGGAAGGGGAGGCUGAGGAAGACGGGUUGGAGUACGUGGAAGAAGGGGAAGAGUUGGGAAAUACAGGAGAGGAAAAAGUAGAGGAGAUGCAGAGAGAAAACGAAGAUAGCGGCUGUGUGAUUUCAGAUCAGCCGGUCAGUCACCGGGAUGAGACGCUCAGUCAGACUUCUGAAGUCACUCUGGCAUCCGAAGUCACUCCGUCCUCACCGACUUUCCGGGUGUCUUGUUGUCAGCUGAACAUCUCGAACAGGAAAGAGGGGCAGGAUGAAGAGAUGGAGCCAAACAACAACACGGGCAAACCGCCCCCACUCCUCCCGACUCCUGAAUCCUGUCAGUCUUGCAUCUCUGCGUCCUCCGCCAGCCUGCGGGAGAAAACGGAAAGGGAGGAAGAACUGAACGAAAAGAACGAAUCCGCUGCAAAGUCUCCGGCCCAAAAUCCACAAGGGAGCCGGGACGAGUCGGUACCGAGGGCGGAGCAGGGGAAACGACACAGCAUCAGGCUCCGAGACAGACUCUUCCAGUUCCCUUUGUGCGAGAAAGCCCUGGCCUUCAACAUACCUUCACAGAACAAGCCCAAGAUCCUGCCGCUGGCUCAGUACAACUGCUGCCACGUGCUGUAGCAAACGUUGGCUUCGGGGUCGCUCUCUCUGGGGACGCGCGGGCUGCUUAGCAGUCAGCAGGUGGUUGAAGCCCGAACACAGACCUUGUGAAGUGGCACGCAGCUGAACUCUUCAGAGACGAUGAGCAAAACAGCUCUCAGCAAGCAAACACGCCUGUACAGCUUCACAAACACCCACUUCCAACAGUGUGCUCAUGUAAUAAACAUCACUUUAGUAAGAGUCAACAGUGAGAUGUACCAAGGACUUAAUUUCCAUUUGCUGCUGUGUGAAGGAGAGACUGCAGAAUAAAAACAAAAUAAAAAUACUGUUUGUUCAUUUGUAGCUUCAAGACAAAACUGCUCCAACCUCUACGGACUUGAAGAAGUUAGUGAGAGAAAUAUGAGGGCAAGAUUUAUUUUAUUACAUAAGCUAGAGACCAUUUUGUUUGCUCGAAGGUGCCUAUGAAGAUUAAACGGAUUCGUACUGCAGUCGGUCCAGUCCAGAGCAGAUCCACUGUGCUGCAUGUUAUCAGCGAGAUACGUCAUCAGCCACCUGCCAACUAUGUUCUCAAAUAUAUUUUAGACUGUACACCAGAAAAUGUGAAAAACUGAAGAUAUUCUCAUUUUACUGCAGAAAAAAAAGAUCUGAUGCGCUUUUUCUUUCUGUAUUUGGGUGUAAAAUCAUUGCAGUCCAAAUCACAACCCCUUCACCACCGUGCUUGAUAACUGGAGAGAGGCGUUUGCGCUGUACUUUGGUGUUCAAUACGCACAGUGUUUAGCAUUGUGAGAAACAUCUUACUGCAGCCCCAGUCCUCUAGAUGUUUUGUGAUUAACUCAGAUGCAGCUUUGCAAACUGCUUUCAUGCUGUGACAUUAAUUUUAAACAGGAGAAGCUUUUUCCUUCAACUUUUCCAAACAAGGCAAACUUGUUCAGGCUUUUUUUUCUGUUCUCCUGUCAUAAUUUUUAAUAUUUUAGCAUGCUAACUUAGGUGUGUACAGGAUUGCAAGGGCUAAACCUGACAGGAAUUUACUGAGAAGAUGGGCAACUGUCUUAAAUGUUUUCCAUACAAAAAAAAUAUUUCUCACUGGAGAAUAACGAAUCUUACAAUUGUUCCCAGAUUAAUGGGUAGAAACAAUGAAUUUUCAACGAUCAUAGCUUAAGUCUUGUUGCAUUGGCAUGGUUCCAGAGCAGACAAUUACCAAAGGUUCUGCUUGUAUAGAAGUAUUACUGCAAUGUCUUUCUGCUUCGGGUUGAACGAAGACCCCCAGAUAGCAAGUCCAACUAUCAAAACAAAUACAAAAUUCAUUAUUCCCAUCUCAUCAACAAGGAUUUAUUGAAAACCUUCUAAUUCUCAGUCAUCAUCGUCUCUUCAGUAUUACUGAAAAAUUAAUUUCAGUAACUCUCAGAUGUUUUCAAUUAUUUUUCUGUUGUGAUGAUUUUCCUUUUUUUUUAAUAUGAAAACACAUUUAAAAGUAUAAUAUGACAUCAGACCAUCAAGACCAAUUAAAAACAUUAUAUUACAGAAAUGUGGGCUCAAUAAAAAGUAUGUUUAUUACCUACUGAAAGAUUCUCAAAAGGUACUUUUAAUCUGACAAGCGAGCCUCAUCAGAAUGCAUGUUCUAAUUUAUUGAAAAUCAGGCAUAGGGAGCAUGAAAUGCAUGGCACUUAAUCAGCUAUCACUUAUUGCCUCGAGCAAUUCGCAUAGUGCAAGCAGUGAUAUUAUAAAAAUGAUAGAUGUGUCAUUUAUUGUGCAGCCCUAAAGUGUACUUAUUUUUUCCCACACACAGCUUUACUGAUUUUACCUUGACCUUGUGUAAUAAAUAUUGAGACGGUUUUAAUCCGUGUCUCAAUGGGAGGCUUUUUUACACCUUAGGUUAGAUUUAGAACAAUUUAGAAACCAUGUCUGACAUAAAAAAAACAUCUUUUAUCAUGGCCUGACAUGGGAUGCUGCUAAAAAGGAGUGUCCAGGACUGCUUUGUCCCUCCAGUUUUGGGUUCUCUGUAGAACAAAAUAUUCGAUAGAAGUGUUUGCUUUAAUCUCCAGUGGAGAUCCUUAGACUUGGAUGGGAGAUAUGUAUUUUACACCCAAAUACAUGGGGGGGAAACAUGUUAAGUGGCAGGGUUUUUCUUCUAGAUUAAUUGGAUGAACUAGAAUGAAUUAUUUGGUGCGUGUGUGGUUUAAAACAAAUCGUUAAGGAAAACCAAUUGCAGGGUUGGUUUGACUUCAAGAUGGUGUUAUUUAUCGACUGUCCAGCGUUUCACUUUUGUGCUGCACAUGUUGUCACACCGGUUUCAAAGCUCUUAACAUAAGCUCAUAUGAUAAAGACUGUUAUGAUAUGAUAUGACACUGUAUAUUAACACGCCUGAGACUCGGGGAGACAUGUGAUCUGCUGCUCUCUUCUGUCCACAGUCUUAUUAACUUAAUAGCUUGUUCUGUAUUAAUAACAGGGAUGCAGGUCUCCUGUACUUUUUGUUUUGAAAAUAUUUCCAUAACUUUUCUUUUCUUAAGGGUAUGAUUCUUUUUAUAACAAGACAAAGAUAUUAAUUAUCUGAACAGAUGUGUGGGACUUUGCAUGUUGCUGCAGAUAUUUAUCACAAUAUACCUCCAGGUGUCUUGGGUCUGACAGAACAGCCAUUGUUUUUGCUUAACUGUUAAUAAUAACCCACUGAAUGAUGAAUUGCACACAGUAUGAACACUGUAGCCGGUAGCUUUCUGCAAGCAGUAUCUGGGGACUCGUGUAGAUUCAGGCCAUCACACAAUGACUUUUUACUGUGUAACUGAAGAGUCCCUUUGUGUAGUAUUAUUUUACCAUGUAACUGCCCUGUUUGUGCUAUAUUUUUCCACUGUUAUGAAGAGAAGCAGGAUCUGUUCAACGAACAGCAUCCAGUGACUGUCACUGACAUGUGAUUGUUCGCUCCCAGCCUAAAAAGAAGAGCGCCCAUCACGUGAAAAUCCUAUUAUGAUUCGUAUCUCAUCAGCCAUGAAAGCUUCAAACCCGUGCAAACGAGGGAUAAAAUUAUUUGUUCCUGCGUGUCCUGUAUUUUUUAAUGUCUGCUGACCUGUAUUUUAACCUGGAUUGUGAACCUAUUUUUCUCUAUUUAUUUAUUAAAAUGGAUUAAAGCAACAGAA